AAGAAGAGAAAGAUUAUUUUGAAGAAUUAGAUAAGAAUAUUGAUGAGAUAAUCAAUCCUAUUAUACAUCAUCGAAUUAAUAUUAAUCAACCUAUAUCUACAGAAGGAAUAAUUAAUCAGAUUAAAUCUAUAAUUUCACAAGCUUUAAACAAAUAUUAG